UGUCUUAACAACACGAUCUAACACGAAAUAACACGCUUUAGACCCGAUAACAAUAAUAAUAAGAGGAAAUUCGAGUCGACUAUCGCACGUAAUUGCAAUAUAAUUAUUAAAAAGCCUUAUCGAUUGAUCUUGUGUUUUUAUCAAUGAUCAAGCCACAUGAAAGAAGAAGAAGAAACGACAUGUAUGUUGACGCAAAUCCGGAUUCGACGAAAAACGUUAACGAAGUUGGGUCGAAGGAAAAGUGGAGGGAAAGAGAAAGGAAAGGGGACGGAGUGAGAGUAGGAAGGGGUUGGUAGCGAAGGAUUGAACAAAAGAGGUUGGUAGGAAAGUUAGGAAAGAGAGGUCAAAGAGCGCAAGUCUCUCUGGUUCCGUACCGCGUCGUUUAUGAGCGGAACGUGGAGCAAGUUGUGGAAGGUGGACGGAGUCACGCGAAGUUACUUAUUCUCCUGCAGUAGAGCUUCCAACCAACGAGGAAAAAGCUAAACGACGCUAAAUCUCUCAUAGAGAAUCAUUCCAACUCGAAGUUUUAAAAGGGAACGAAAAUGAGAUCAUCAGUUUCGAUCCUACUCGUUUUCAUUCGAUUUCUAUUUUACAUUUGCAUUAUUUUUAAAAAGAUCUCAUUCGUUUACAGUCAAAAUACUUUCGCACGACAAGGACUGGUUCGUGAUCCGCCCAUGAUUAGGAUACCUGAUCAAGGAGUGCUCGCUGGCAAAGAGGUGAUCAUCGGUAGAGGUCAAAAGGUGAUACAGUAUCUCGGCAUUCCAUAUGCUCAAGCUCCGAUCGGACAAUUACGUUUUUCGAUACCAGUGACGGAUCCUUUACCAUCUUGGAAAGGAAUAAGAAAUGCCAGCCAAUAUGGUCCAUCCUGUCAGCAGGUAUCAAAUCGUUUGAAACUGCACGAGAAGCUUUAUGCACGAUUACUACCACCUGACCAGCCUGAUCCGGGUAUGAGCGAGGAUUGUCUCUUUCUAAACAUUUUCGUACCUGACGGCAAACGUCCACCCGAAGGAUGGCCAGUAAUGGUUUGGUUUCAUAGUGGUGACUUUAAUACAGGAACCCCCAAAAUUUGGGACGCCUCGAUUUUCGUCACGAAACAGAAGGUAUUGGUGAUAACGGUGGCAUAUCGUUUGAACAUUCUCGGAUUCUUCACAUCGAUGGAUGGCGAGGCACCAGGCAAUUACGGUAUGUUCGAUCAAAUUGCGGCUUUGGAUUGGAUACAGAAGAAUAUCGAACGUUUCGACGGUUCACCAUCGAACGUAAUAAUAUACGGUCACAGUUCAGGCGCAAUAUGCGUUGGCUUACACAUGAUGAGUCCGCUUAGCAGAGGAAAAUUUUCAAAAGCCAUAGCUAUGAGCGGUGAUGCAAUUGGAUCAGUAGGUUCGCCUCAAACCGAGCUACCUGUCGUAGACUCAAUAGCAGAUAAAUUUGGUUGCUAUCGGCAUCCGACAACGAAAUUGAUGGAAUGUCUACGUCGUGUAGACGUAUCAGUUUUGGUGGAGCUAUCAUCGGAUAUAGAAACUUGGGGACCGAUCGUUGAUGGCGAAACAAAUAACGGUACCGAACCUUUUUUACCAGAACAUCCAAGGGACAUACUAGUCGGUGGUAACUUCAAUGCUGUACCAUUGAUCGUCGGUUACACAAAAAACGAACAAUCAUUGGCUUAUAUCGAAUCGAUGACAUCCGAUGAAUUGAAAGACGGUAUUUUGUCGGAGAAAAAAUUCGAGAGUAUGAUAAUCGAGGAAUCUAGCAUGGCCGUGAAUAAUAUAUAUAACCCAGAAGAUAACAAUACGUGUGAAAUGAAGCCAGAAAUGUUGUCCGAUGCGAUUCUCUUUUAUUAUAAACCUUAUCCACCCAACGACGAUCAGGGCAUCCUAAGGGACAAAUAUCUCGAACUACAAACCGACAAAAAUUUUGCCUCGGGUUUGACCUUACUCGCUGGCGAAUUAUCCAAACAGGAAACCUCCUUCGUUUAUAGAUUCGAUUAUCGUCCGAAAACUGACCUUAUGGUACGUGACGUACCCGAAUGGGCUGGUGUCCCACAUAUGUUUGACCUACCCUUCGUUUGGGGUUUACCCUUAACCACUACAAUCCCAUGGAACCCGGCCGAUAAAAAAAUGUCCGAAGUGAUGAUGAUGAUGCUAGCUAAUUUUGCUAAAACCGCUAAUCCGUCCUUGAACAACGUCAAAUGGAAUCCUUAUACCGUUAACGAUCCUGGGAUAUUAAUUAUCGAUAGAAAUGUCGACAUGAACGAGCCGAACGUUAUAGAUUACAGAGCAUUCGCAUUUUGGAACGAAUAUUACCCAAAAGUUUUAGAAGAGGCUACUAAUAAUUGUUGCAACGUCACGACCUCGGCUGCAACCAGAUCGAAACUCUCUUUCGAACUUCUUCUCAAUAAUCUAAUCGUUAUUAUAAUAUCUUUAUAUACGAAUUGUUUAUUCGUUAAUAAAUAUUUCUAAAUUAUUCCUAUUUUACGAAAUGAGAUGCACGAAGAGAGAGAGUAUUUAAUUUUCGAAAGUGAUUUUCAAUUUAUCCCUUGAGAGACACCUGAAAAAUAAUUUAAUAAUAGCGACAUCGUUUUUCGAUACAUUGUGAUAUUUUUGACAUGCCCAAUAUAUUGUUUUUUUUUUCCUUUGUCCUCUAUUAACGGAUUAACAGUUCUAUUAUUAUCUUUUAUAAUUCAAUGUCGAUCGAUAAUGGUUUACUGAACAAUUUCUAUUCCGUCCAUAUUCUGUAUUAACAAUUAAUGUACUUAUCUUAACAUCGAUCUGUGUAACGCGUUUAUGUACAUACGUGAUGUAUGUUAUACGUAGAACGUCCAUUUCUAAUGCUUAUCUAACAACAGAAGUGCCUUCUGAAUUAGCGAAAAUUGUACCAAACGAUGUAAAGCGGUUUUACCGAUUAGUAUUUAAGGGAUGUUAAUAUUAAGAACACGUUGAUUGACAUAAUAGAUAUAAGAAAAAGAAUAAAGAUAUGAAAAGAAAGUUGAUAAGUAAUAUGUUACGUGUGACAAAACUAAUCCGAUUGAAUGUAUAAAAAGAAAAAAGGAAAAAAAAAUAUUAUUUUCCCUUAAUUCAUUUCUAAUAAACAAAUAUAAUUUUUUUCAGUUUCAUAGGACGUGACUGCAGUAAGCCUUCCGAAGAAGAUACAUUUAACAGACAAAUUAUGAAAAGAAGAACAAAAAAUCAACAUAUGUAUAUAUAUAUACACAUACAUAUAUGUGUGUGUAUAUAUAUAUAUCGAUUCUUUAGGAAAACAAAUUGCUUGGAACUAAACAAGGAAGGUAUAUAUAUAUGUGUAUAUAUAUAUGUGUGUGUAUAUAUAUAUACACAUAACUACAUACCAAGAUUUUAGACUAAUAAUAAUCAUGAAGAAACAGAAAAAUAAAAAAAGACGGAAGGCUAAAUAAAAAACUAACAAUUAAACAUCUGACAAUAUUGGUGUUUUUGUAAUUGGUGAUAAUUGAAGACUCAUAGAGAGAGAGAGACGAUUCGGACGAUCAUAAAAAUGUGAGCUCUUAUAUAACACUCACUGAGAUUUUUUUUUUAUUUAUCUGCUUUAAUACGGAGAGAUAUAGAAAAAACAUAUAUUGUUUUGAGAAACAAACGACGGAUAACUUAUGAAUAUUUUGAUGCUUUCGCAAUAAUAAUUAAUAAUUAAUGUAAUUAAUAAUUAAUAAUAAUAAUAGUAAUAAGAUCAUCAUCAUCAUGUGUAUCGGCUAUGUAUAAUUAUAUUAUAUAAGAGAGAGGUGCGCGGCGAGCGUUACGAUGCAUUGGGGGCUGUGGCCUGCGCACGCGCACAUCUAAACAUCUUUCUUUCUUUUUUUUUCCAUUUCUUUCUUUCAAUCUUCCUUUAUUUCUUUCUUUCUUGGAUUACUCCCCUUUUUCAUUUUCCCCUCUCCUUUUUUUUUUUACCACUUUCUUUUUCUUUCUUUCCUUCUUUCUUUCUUUCUUUCUUUCUUUCCUGUUAUUCACCUAAAUAUAUGUAUAAUAUUAAUUGUUUUUUUGUUAUUUUGUAUUAUUUUUUUUUUUUAUUCAUUUAUUCAUUUAUUUUCUUUUAA